ACCGACUUGUCAAGUACCUACUAAGCCGGAAGUGGGCGACUGGAUAUCGAUGUGUCGACUUGUCAUGACUGGAGAAAGUCAUGUAAUUCCUCAUAAUGUCAAUGAGUGACAGGUGCAAGGAAUCUCCGGUCCUUCAUGUGGUGGUGGUUGGGUUCCAUCACAAAAAAGGAUGUCAGGUGGAGUAUUCCUACCCUCCUCUGGUAGAAGGAAAUGAUGUGAACUGCUCUGAGGUACCCAAAGAAUGGAAACACCUUGCCUCAUUGGCUAUUCCAGAUGGAGCUCACAAUUAUACCAAAGACACAAUUUAUUUCCACCUUCCGUCUCGAGAUGGUGCAUGUAAAACAGUUUAUGGAGUGGCUUGCUACAGACAGAUAGAAUCAUCAGCCUUGAUGAACAAGUCAUCCGAUGUCACGCGCAGCACGGUUCAGAAAAGUGUGUGUGUUUUGAGUAGAUUGCCUCUCUAUGGAUUAAUUCAGGCCAAGCUGGAGUUGAUCACCCAUGCUUACUUCGAUGAGCUGGAUUUCAGCAAGGUAGAACUGUUGGAGGACACUUAUAACAACCUCAGCUUGUCCAUGACAGAGAGUCUUAGGGACGGAACACAGGUUUUCCUUGGUAUGUCUGUUCGUGAUGUGGUGACACAAUUCAGACACAAAAUUGUUUUACUAUUCAAACUUAUCCUUUUGGAGAGAAGGGUACUUUUUACAGGUGCCCCCGUCCAGACUCUGUGUAACACUAUCUUGGCUGUCCUUUCACUAUUUCCAGGUAUGAUUGAGUUUGGAUUAGAGGAAUCAGCGACUGUCGAACUCAACAGACAGCUGUCUCCGACACUCCGCACAACAAGUUCCGACGGAAGUGAAGAAUUCCUUGAAGUCUGUUACCAUGACGAAAAGGUCAACUACAGGUCACCAAAGAAAGACAAGCAGGCUGAGGCUCAGGCCGCUUACAAUGAACCAGAACAACUAGAAAUUCCAAGAGAUGGAAUGGAGCCAUCUUCUACCGUAAAAUCACAAAUAAAACCACAACCAACCACUCAAAUAUUUGACAAUACUUCUGAUAACCAACAAACUCAGGGUCAAGAGGUCACCCCAAGGGCAUUAAGGAGUCUGUCUGAUACAGGAAAGGAGAAUUCUGGGAGGGAAAGUAAAUCGGGUCGUUCUUUAGUGAAACGGACACUUUCAGAAAGUUUUGCGCUAGAUUAUGAAAAUCAGACCAAGUCGGAAGGAAGUUCUUCCCCUAGUGAUAAUAAAGUUCCUUUUUCCCAUGAUCCUUUGGCCAAUAUGAGAGAUAUCACUCAACUGACAGCAAUUCAAUCCGGAACAACUUUGAAGCAGACGGAUUCUGUGGUAAAUGUGGAGGAAUUCAAGGAUUAUUUGGAAAAGCUGGAGACUAUGAGUGACGAAGAAAAGGAGUCUUCCAAAUUUGACCUCUCUUUGAAUUUGGAGGACGCAAGAGAGGUGUUGAAGAGAAGUGAGGGGAUAGAGGAAUUGGACUCGCCAGAGAGCAUUCUGAAAAUAGAUCAGGAGGAUUGUUUCUCGUGGGAAGAGGAUAGGCUGUUGCUAGCAAUAGAACACAAAGACUCCAUCAGUGAAGCUGAGGCAUCCAGACAGCAAAACAACCAAUCAGAUUCCACAAAGGAGUCAUGUGAUACUCAGGAUUCUGGGAAAGAAGUAGGAUCACCAAAUGCGGGAGCUCAGAAAAUUAAGACAAGUGAUAGCAUUGACAAUGAGAACACAGACUCUGCAGACAAUGGCAUUCCAACUAGUGAUGUGAGGAAAAGCCCUGGCAACAAGGCAGCAAUUCUAAAGAACAGGAUCAGCUCCGCUAUCAGUGGAUUAAAAACCAAGCGGGGCAGUCAGGAGCCCUCUCCAACUGGAGAAAACUCGCCUGUGGAAAUGGGAGUAGUGCUGAGGUCUUCCAAACUCCAUCAAGAUGACUGUGGCUUUCCACUGGCUGUGUUUACCAAGGGUUGUGUAUGCCAUCCAUAUCUUUCUCUUCAAUACCUGGAUCUCAUGACAGACGUCAACGUUCGUAGCUUUGUCAUUGGAGCAACUAAUUUCCUUUUCCGACAAAAACGCCAUCUUUCAGACAUUGUGAUUGAGGUCUCAGAUUCUGAGGAGGGCAAAAUAGAAAUCCAUGACCGCGAGUUGCAGCGUCUGUUACACCUGACGACGGCUGACCUCCGAUUCGCUGACAUCAUCAUCAAGGCCGUGUUAGGGGAGGACACGGAUGACCCAUACCUGGACGGAACAGAGUGGGAAGGAGGAGAUGAGUGGAUACAGGCACAAUUCAGAGCAUACCUUCAGUCUCUUCUGGUGACCAUGGAGAAAAAUGACUCAAAGCUACUAGAGGAUUAUGGGACAGCGUUUUGUCAGGCUUACCGCACUACACAUAACUUCAAGCAGUGGUGGGGAACGGACCACUCAGGGCUGACCAAUGUUCUGGUUGGACAUCCAUGUCAGGGUCAUUUAGGAAUGUCAGACAUCAAGAUGAGGCUUGCCCACAACUUACAAAAUACAGAGCGUGGGAAAAAGAUUAACGCAGCUAUGGUACAGACGGGGAAAUAUGUAGAGCAAGCAGGAAAAGCUGUGGGUGGCGCCAUUGUCAAUGCUCGCUCAGCCGUAUCUUCAUGGUUCAGUGGAUGGAGGCAAUCUAAGGGGGACAACCUGCAACCUCAGAGCCAACCCCAGAGUUAAUUUCUUUAUUAAUGUAUCAUAAAAAGGACAGUUAUUUUAAUGAACUUCCAUAAAUUAAUUAAGAGGGCUGUGUAAAAAGGUAGAGGCAGUUAUAAGUACAUAAACAUCUACUUUUAUUUAAUCGUCUGUAAAUUGUAUAUGGAAGGAACAAUGGGAUGUUACAGGUGUUAAAGUUUCACAACUGUAUACUGUAAUUCCCUAAUUAAACGCAAGGAAUUUCCACGUAAAAUCGGAUGAAGCACCCCUCAAGAAUUUAAAAACCUGGCCAUUAUUUUUACAAAGAGUUGGGAGCUAUAAGAAAUAUGAAUGAAUGUUCCGCGUUCAUGAGUUUAUAUUCUCGCGAUUUGAUAAUAAACAGUGGGAUCGCGGAACUAAGUGUUCACGUAAAUAAGGAAUUUACAGUAUGCACUAAUAUCAGAGUCAUUUAUAAAUAUUCCCUUAUAUCUAUCUUGUCUGUUAUUGUAUACAAAUAUUUAUGAUCUCUGUUUUUAGAUUGCCGUAUUGCUCUGUUUGUGGUCAUAAUGAUACAGAUUGAAUGUAUAACAUAAAUACAGUUGAUAUAUAUGCAGUGCUUAAAGUCCUGUUUGUAACUCUGUUUUUUGCUGUGUAAUUUAUUUCAUAGAGGGUAAAACCUAAAUUGAAAUAUAGUUGACAUUUUUUUUUUUCAUUUUGCCAGUGUAGUAUUCACUGUACCCUGUGCACUGCAUCCAUCCGUCAGUAUAAUUCAUAAAUGUGAAAAUUACAAAAUGUGUUAGGUUGUCUAAAAAGAUGACAUAUUAACUACAUGUAAUGAAGAUCCUUGCCAUAACAUAAAACCAUUUGAUGUUUAGCUUUAUGCAAAUCAAUUCUUGGUUGUUUUGAAUCAGUUGUUCAUCCUCAUGUAAAAAAAAGACUAGUGCCAAUGUUAACAGUAAUGUAUACACCACAAUGUCUUACCAAGUGUGGUUCAAAUAAACACAAAAUAGCAGAAAUUGUUAUUUAUAUAUACAUAAAUACACAGUAAACAUACUUCAAUCAUGUUUUUAGCACCUAUUAAAUGACUGCUUCUUAUGUAAACAAACUUGUUCAGAAUAAUACUGUAUACAGAGUUAUUUUUGCCCCGUGUUAUUUUCGCCCUUCUUCAUGUACGCUUGCAAACAAUUUCGCCCUGUCUUAAAUUCGCCCUGACAUAGAUACCUGAAUAGAUACUCUUUCUUAAUAACACAGUUUUUUUGAAAAAUAUUCUUAAAUUCGCCCACUUUCAAUGAGAGCGUAAGGGGCGAAAAUAAAACGGGGGCGAAUAUUUCUCUGUAUACAGUAUUCAACAAAACAGCCAUUUAGGGACUUUGUUUUCAGUAUGCUUCUGAGUGAAAGAGAAAUAUUAUUGGACUUUUAGUGUGAUAAUGUAUUUCUGUGCACAGUUGACUGUAUUGCUUGCAUAUUAAUGAUUUAUUUUCAAUUUAAAAUAGCGAAUAAAUCAGGUAUUUGCUGAAAGUAUUAUAAAAGAAAUUUGCAUAAUUCUGGGUAAUCCACAAAGUUUCUUGAAUUUCGCUUAUCAAAAGACGUUCAGCACCCCCCACUUCCCCACACCCCAUCUCUUUCAAUCACACUGUUCUAGGACUCUUUGACAGUAUAAAAAGCAAUUUUUGAUAAAUACUUUUCGUGAAAGAAAAAUAAGGACUAUUACUUGAAUAGGCUUUGCAGAGACAUAUUGUUAGAAAGAGGUGUUGUACAUGUAUUUGUAUUUACUUAUCCUUGAAUUCCAACAGCCUCUUUUGACUUUUACACACAAAUAAAACUUCUUUACAUAAAGAGACAUUAAUUUCAUCAACAAAUUAACCAUCAGAUCUACCUAAGUUUUAAAAAUAGGAUUUACUUAGAUAUAAACUACUAUUAAUAAGUAAAGAAAAAAUCCAUAUGUUUAACCUUUCAACUUUGAGUAUGUUCCUAUAUUUUCAUAUAGAGCUCUUUUUCUGUGGGAGAUCAAUACAGUCUAAAAAUGGCCACGACCAUCGAACCCUCUUAAUGGAUUCCGCAGAUCUAGUUGUUUGUAGGGAUUGUAAACCUCGCUAUCUGGAUUUCAUGACGUCAUUUUGAUCAUUUUUAAAGGACUUAAUACAUUUUUCGGAGUGGGGAGGGGAUUAAAACGAAAUUGAAAUUUGUCAUUAUUAAGUUAGUCAGAGGCGUUUAUUGUAUUAUGAAAGUAUUUAAAACCUUUUUGUAAGGCUGCAUUUUUUAAUGUUACAUGCUUUUUGACAAGUUAUAAUAAAAUUUAACCUUUGGUGUGCAAAUGUUUGAAAAUCUUGUUGCUGCAUGUACAUGUUUACCUGGAUAUGCAAAGACUUGUUAAUAAUAAAUGUACAAUUCUAAUA